UCUAUGCUGUAGCAACCCUGUUGCAUUGUUGUUUAGUUGUACUUUUUUGCCUGCUAAUUUACAAAAUGGAGAAAUUAAAUCUUCCAGAGAAAUACAAUUAUAAAAUAAUUGAGAUUGAUGAGAAUAGAGCUAUUUUUCGCAUUUCUGAUCUUGUAAAUAAAGAAUCAGCACAGGAAUGGAUUAAAGAAUAUGAACAAAGAUUGGAAACAGUUUGGCGUGUUCAGAGAACACAUAAAUCAACUGGACGCCUUAAUGUUUAUAAAGGUGACUUUAGAUGCCAGCACAAUGUGCAACAGUAUCAAAACAUGUGAAAGAAAGUAAAAAUACUGGAUGCCCUGCAGUUCUUAAAAUUACUAUUCAAAGGUAUUUUUUACUGCCAAAACACAAAGAUCCACUCCCAGAAGUUAUAGAGUUUCCUGCAUUAUGUGAGCUUCUGUACUUGCAUAAUCAUUUGCUUGACAGUGCUGCUGUUAAAAAGUUCAGGCCAUUAUCAAACCUAACGCAAAAGCGUCUGAUAGAAUUGUUUGAAUUAGGACAUACUGCAGCUACUGCAAGACAGAUGUUGCAAAUGGAAUUAGAGCUUCAGAGUAAUGAAGAUUAUGCAGAAGCAUGCAUGGACAGUUCUAAGCUACCUUCAUUAUCUGGCGUAAAUCACUUGCUAAAUAAUGAAUUUAGGAAAAUCUAUGGAUCUCGAAGAGAAAGCGAUAUUGACAGGGAAGUUGAAAAAUAUAUUUCCUCAUGCAAUCAACAGCCAUUCUGUAAAGCAAUAUUUACAGGGAAGUUGAAAAAUAUAUUUCCUCAUACAAUCAACAGCCAUUCUGUAAAGCUGCUUUUUCAAAAGUAAAGAACAGUUUGGCGAUUGCUGUAGUGAUGCCGAUAAUGAAGCGAAGUAUAGAUUUACUUAGCAACGUUCAAGAAAUGAUAAUGCUUGAUGCAUCUGGCCACAUGGACAGAUUAAAUCGUGUUCAUUUUUUUAUUUCUCCAGGUGUAGCUGGUGGAAUACCUAUUGGCAGCAUCAUCACAAAUGCAGAAGAAACUAAUAUUUUUCGUGAAGGAGUGAAACUUCUUUGUGAGUGUUUCCCUGAGAAAUACUGUUUAUUGCAGAAUGGGCCACUGAUUGUUAUGACAGAUGAUGAUCUGAAGGAAAGAGAAAUUCUGAGUGAAAUAUGGCCAAAUUCUACUUACUUACUCUGUCAGUUUCAGGUGCUAAAAGCAGUGUGGCGAUGGCUUAUGAACAGUGAAAAUAAAAUUCUAAAAGAGCACCAUCAAGAAUUAUAUUUUUCCUUUAAAUCAUUGAUGUAUGCGGAAACUGAAAUGCAAUUGAAAGAGUUGCUUCAAAAUAUGUUGGAGAAUAGCACAGUCAGGAAAUAUGACAAGUUCAUCAUAUAUUUGAGCAAGUUGUUCUCCAAAAAGCAUUUAUGGUGCACUUGUCAUAGAAAAAUGCUUUUAACCACGGGAAACAAUACAACAAACUAUGUUGAAAGUUUGUUCAAAAUUUUAAAAGAGACCAUACUUGCACGAGUGAAAGCAUUUAGCUUAGUUCAAUUAUUGGACUUCAUUGUCACAAAAUUUGAGAAGUAUCUACAUAGUAGAUAUUUAGAUUUUAGUUUUGGUCGUUCUAACAAAAAACUAGUAAAAAGGUUUUUGCCUGAUGAUAAAGGAAUAAUUCAGAACAUCAGAUCACUAAAUAAAGAUAACACUUAUUUUGAAAUUGAUCAACAUUUUGUUGAUUUGGAAAGUUCCAUUUGUACUUGCUUUGUUGGCAUGAAUGGAACGCUUUGCAAGCAUUUAAGUGCUGUGAUUCUGAAACAAAAUAAAAAAUCAACAUUUGUCUAUUCUCUAGAAAGUAGAAAAUUAAUGUAUGAAGUGGCUACUGUGAAAAAAUUGGAUUCAAAUAGCACCCUCUUGCUACCUUUAAGUUUUAACCCAUCACACAAUUUUCCUUCUUCUCAAUCUGAUGAUGCUCUACAACCACAAUUUUCUUCUACGGUACUUCCACAUUUAUCUAACGAUAUACUUUCACAAUUUAAUAAUAAUACACUUAAACAUUCUUCAAAUGACAUACUUUCACCUAGAGAUAUUGACACAUUUUCACAGCCUUGCAAUGAUAACAACAUGGUUCUACCAACUAUAAACACUACUUCACAGCCCAUUGCAGCUACAUGUCAAAACUCGAACAGUGAAACAGAUGAUGAUGAUGGUGAUUAUUUACAAAAAUUUGAUGAUAUAAUUAAUCGGAUUAAAUCCGGUUACAAAAAUAAUCCUGAUGUUUUUAAGCCAGCAAUAAAAAAAAUGGCGAAGAAUGUUAACAAGUUUGGAAAAACAGAAACUGGAUUGGUGUCUGCCUUGCAUAACUUUGGAAGAAACCUUAACUACUCAAGCAGAGUUUUGAAGUGCAGCAGAAGGAGAGGCAAUCAAAUUCCUGUUCAACCUACAGCAAUUGCAAGAAGAAAAUCUAUUUAUUCUGGUAGGAAAACUCAAGUUGGUGGAAGGCCAGUUAAACGAGCAUUACCACCUGCCCUAAAAGAACAUACUUAUGGAAUGUUCUCUGAGUUACCGAAAAAACAUCAAAAAACAAAAUAUAGUUUGACGCAUUGUGUUGAAAAGAAUGUAUCUCUUCCAAAUUAAUUUAUAUUUAUUUUAUUACUAUCAUGCUUAAAAAAAAUAUGUUCCUUAUUUUGUUUUUGUUUUUUUGUACAUGCUUUAAAAAUGAAUUAGAAAAUUUUAACACAAUUUGUAUGGUGUUAAAAUAAUUAGUAUUAAUAUGAUAUAAAAUUUUAAUGCUAUUAUUGUAUUAAAUAGCACUUC